AUUCUACGCACGAACGAGACCAGUCAUACUGAACACCACACCCGAUACAGUCCUCGUUCCGCGACGCAGUAUAUACACCCCGUAGCCUCCUCGGCACAGCUGCCUCAACAAUAAAGUAUAGGCAUAGCCCUAGCACACCGUAACCAUGGGGGGUCAACUCUCCAAGAUGAUGGGCAAGAUCUUCGGAUCCAAGGAAAUGCGCCUGCUCAUGCUCGGUCUUGAUGCUGCUGGAAAGACCACCAUCCUCUACAAGCUCAAGCUGGGACAAGAUGUUACCACUAUCCCCACUGUCGGCUUCAACGUCGAGACUGUUACCUACAAAAACGUCAAGUUCAACGUCUGGGAUGUCGGUGGCCAGGACAAGAUUCGACCUUUAUGGAGGCACUACUUUAGCGGUACCCAAGGCUUGAUCUUUGUCAUUGACUCCUCGGACCGCCAGCGGAUAGAAGAAGCUCGUCAAGAACUACAUCGCAUCAUUAACGACCGUGAGAUGAAGGAUAGUUUAUUACUAGUAUUUGCGAACAAGCAAGACAUCAAAGACGCUAUGAAACCCCAGGAAGUUACCGAAGCUCUCCAGCUAUCUAAACUAAAGGAUAAGAUCUGGUACGUUGUGCCCAGCUGUGCCACUACCGGUGAAGGUCUGCUCGAGGGCUUGGCUUGGCUCUCCAACAACGUCAAGGCUCCGCCCACGCCCGUGAAGAAGUAGAGCUUCUGAUUCACGUACUUGAUACCUUUUGACUACCUAUCCAUCGAAACUGGCCACCCAAAAGCUAGAUCGGCGAAACUUGUCCCACGUCAUCUUCUCAUAGUUGUCUUAAUUCGAAACGCAACUCCCCUCCCACAUUCUUACCCCCCCAAGCCAACCCGCUAUGGCUUGUUGAUCGAAGACUCCUACCAC